AUGCCGCCGAAAGCAAAAAAAGGUCAGGACAAGGGCAAGGCGGGCGAAGAGGAGCGCGAGGACCCUCUCCAGGCUGUGAUUCUCGCUGAUCCCUUCGAAACACGUUUCAGUCCUUUCACACUGGAACGCCCAAGAUGUCUGUUACCGCUCGCGAACACCCCACUCAUCGAAUACACCUUCGAGUUCCUCGCCAAUGCCGGCGUUGAGGAGAUCUUUGUGUAUUGCGGUGCUCACAGGCGACAAGUCGAGGAGUAUAUCAAUCGAUCGAAAUGGUCUGCGCCAUCCUCCCCUUUCUCUAGGCUGGAACUUAUCCAAUCAACAUCACACUCGAUAGGUGACGCGAUGCGAGAUCUCGACAGCAGGAAUUUGUUAGUUGGCGACUUCCUCUUGGUUUACGGAGAUGUUGUCAGUAACCUUCCGCUGGAGGGUGCUUUGGCUGCGCACAGGGCGAGGAGGGUCAAGGACAAGAACGCCAUCAUGACCAUGGUACUGCGCGAGGCAGGGACAACGCACAGAACGAAAGCUCGAGGGACAAGCCCGGUCUUCGUGAUCGACCCUGAGAAGGAUAGGUGCCUCCAUUUCGAGCAGAUGCCCAACCGGGACCAGUCGCAUUUCCUCUCGAUCGAUCCUGAACUAUUGUCCGACCACCAAGAAAUCGAGAUACGACAAGAUCUCAUCGACUGCGGAAUCGACAUCUGCACUCCGGACGUACUUGCGUUAUGGAGUGACAACUUUGAUUUCCAGGCCCCAAGGAAAGGCUUCCUACACAGCGUUCUCAAAGACUACGAGCUUAACGGCAAGACCUUCCACACACACAUCACCUCUGAUCAUUAUGCGGCACGAGUUCGAAAUCUUCACGCAUACGAUUCGGUCAGCAAAGACAUUGUGUCGCGCUGGGCGUACCCACUUUGCCCCGAUAGCAACCUUGUACAGGGACAGUCAUAUAGGCUAGGAAAGGGCAAAAUCUACAAAGAAGAGGGUGUAAUCCUAGCGCGGGACUGCGUUAUCAACUCAAAGACAGUUAUAGGACGAGGGACCAGUAUCGGAGACGGCAGCGUUAUCACCAACAGCAUAAUAGGACGACAUUGCCAGAUUGGCCGGAACGUAAAGAUUGAUGGUGCAUACCUGUGGGAUCAUGCGAGUGUUGGCGAUGGAAGCGUCGUGCACAAAUCGGUCAUUGCGAACGAGGCUUCCAUUGGGCGAAAGUGCACAAUUGAGGAGGGCGCGCUCAUUUCGUACGGUGUGGCUAUUGGCGAAGGCAUGACUAUCCGUGGGGAGCACAGGAUCACACGCGCGAAGCGAAGAAGAGAAAGUGAUGAAGAACUUGUCAGGGGCAGUCCAGACCUCGGGGUGGUCGGCAAAGGCGGAGAUGGCUUUGAAUUCCACGAUUCAGACGAGGAGGAUGAGGAUGAGGUCGUCGACAGUCUCAUCCCCUCGGGCUCAAUGUACAAUCUUGCGAACCUAUCUCAAGAAUCCAUAUCGACACUCAACUCGGACUCGGAAGCAGACGACUACGAGAUAAGGCAUGAUCGAUCGGCAACAAGCAGCUUCCUUUCCAUCAAUUCUCAGGACAGCCAGCAUGCCGCGAACUUCGACCACGACGCUUCUGCUAGUAUAUACGACUCGUUGGUUGAGGGCCACGAGUCUGCCAACAUUCAGCUCGAGCUCACAGCUCUCCGUAUGAGCACAAACGCCUCAGACCACCAAGUUCGACGCGCCGUUGCAACCUCGUUCGUGAAGCGCAUCCACCAGCUCACCAAGUCCGGCGAGACUAUCAAAAACGCUGUCGCCCAGGUCUUUGGGCAGCACGAGGAGCUCAUCAACCGCGCUAUCUUCGACAAGAACCAAACAGACAAGGCAGAUCAAGUCGACCUCAUGCUGUUGCUCCAGGCAGAUCUGAGCCACAAGGAGGGCGGCGAUGCUAUCCUCCUAAGUGUGGCAACAAAGUUGGUUGAACUGGACUCGGUUGAGGAAGAGGGCAUGAUACAAUGGUGGGAGGACGAGAAGAGCACCGAGAACGACGAGAUGAAGAAGGUCAGAGAGAAGACCAAGUCUUUGAUCGACUUCUUGCAGCAGGAGAGCGAGAGCGAAAGCGAAGAUGACAGCGAGGAAGAUGAGGAUUCAGAGUAA